AUGGCAAUGCUUUCUCUAAAAAUCCCCAAUAAGCUAGUCUCACCCUCUUCCAUUCCCACUCCACUCUCUUGUUCACAUUCUUCAUUCACUCUCAGAAACUGUGUUUCGGUGAGCCCUAGAUUAAGAACCAGUAACACCGAACCCCAGCGACGUCGUUUUAGACCUGUUACAUGCUCAUUUUCAUGUGUUGAUAAUGCUAAGAUUAAGGUUGUCGGUGUUGGUGGCGGUGGUAAUAAUGCCGUUAACCGCAUGAUUGGUUGCGGGUUACAGGGUGUGGACUUUUAUGCUAUAAACACUGAUGCUCAAGCACUGUUGCAUUCUGCGGCUGAGAAUCCUAUCCAAAUUGGACAACUCUUGACCCGUGGGUUAGGUACUGGCGGUAAUCCACUUUUCGGGGAACAGGCUGCUGAGGAAUCGAAAGAAACUAUUUUUAAUGCUCUUCAAGGAUCAGAUUUAGUAUUUGUAACUGCCGGUAUGGGUGGUGGUACAGGGUCUGGUGCUGCCCCUGUUGUGGCCCAGAUAGCAAAAGAGGCUGGCUACUUAACCGUAGGUGUUGUUACCUAUCCUUUCAGUUUUGAAGGACGCAAAAGAUCCUUGCAGGCACUAGAAGCCAUCGAAAAGCUGCAGAAAAAUGUGGAUACACUUAUAGUGAUUCCAAACGACCGUCUUCUUGACUUAGCUGAUGAGCAGACGCCUCUUCAGGAUGCUUUCCAGCUUGCUGAUGAUGUUCUACGACAGGGAGUACAGGGAAUAUCAGACAUCAUAACAAUACCCGGUCUUGUAAAUGUGGAUUUCGCUGAUGUAAAAGCUGUGAUGAAAGACUCUGGAACUGCAAUGCUUGGAGUAGGUGUUUCCUCUGGCAAAAACCGUGCAGAAGAAGCUGCAGAACAGGCUACUUUGGCACCUUUAAUUGGAUCAUCUAUUCAAUCAGCUACCGGAAUAGUGUAUAAUAUUACUGGAGGAAAAGACAUAACUCUGCAGGAAGUGAAUAGAGUGUCUCAGGUUGUGACAAGUUUAGCUGAUCCUUCUGCCAAUAUAAUAUUUGGAGCUGUUGUUGACGAUCGUUACAAUGGCGAGAUUCAUGUGACCAUCAUUGCAACGGGCUUCUCACAAUCCUUCCAAAAGAUACUACUAACAGAUCCAAGGGCUGCCAAGCUUCUUGACAGAUUACCAGUGGGAAAAGAAAGCAACCAAACGUCCCCUCCACUCAAAGGCUCAGAGUUUUCCUCAACAGUUGCAUCUAAAGCAUCCCCGAGAAAGCUCUUCUUUUAG